UUGAACUAUUUACCUGUCUUAUGCUGCUGCUGCAGUCUUGCAUAUUAUAAUUAUAGCUAUUUCUCUUCCAUCUUCACAGGUUCCUGCUUUCCUUGGCUCAUAUUCAAGAAUUUGUAGUUCUGACGACUGUGUCACAAUAAUAGUUCUCUUUCAGAGCUCAGUGAUUCACAAUUGGAAUAAAGAUGGUGGUAAGAUCAUGCUCGAAUUUGUCUGACUUGGUGUCCAAGGACAGUUUGAAUUCCCCUCAAACUCCUGGAGCUCUUCCCCGACACCUGUCUGUUCCAGGAAUUAUGUCUGAUGUGGAUAGCAAACUAACGGGCAAUGAUGAUUCAAAUGCUUUCUCAUCAGAACUACAUCAGAAGAAGAUCAUUAUAGCAGCAAAUUUCCUUCCUCUUAAUGCUCAAAAGGAUGAAAUAUCUGGCAAAUGGUGCUUCACUUAUGAUGAAGAUUCAAUCUUGGUGCCAUUGAAGGAUGGUCCCUCUUCUGACACUGAGGUCCUUUAUGUGGGAUCUCUGAAGGUUGAUGUUGAUGCUAGUGAACAAGAGAAAGUUUCUCUUCAGCUACUGGAGGAAUUCAAUUGCUUGCCUACCUUUAUUCCUUCAGACAUCCAGAAACUGUUUUAUAAUGGCUUCUGCAAGCAACAUUUGUGGCCUCUGUUCCAUUACAUGUUGCCGUUGUAUCCAGACUACUGCAAUCGUUUUGACAAGUCACUGUGGCAGGCUUAUGUUUCUGCUAACAAAAUAUUUGCUGAUAAAGUCAUGGAGGUUAUGAAUCCAGAGCAUGAUUAUGUAUGGGUUCAUGAUUAUCAUCUUAUGGUUAUUCCAACAUUUCUACGGAAGCGAUACAGUUGGAUCAAGAUAGGAUUUUUCCUCCACUCUCCAUUUCCUUCAUCAGAAAUUUAUCGGGCUUUACCUGUCAGGGAUGAAAUUUUGAAAGCACUGCUUAAUGCAGAUUUAAUUGGUUUUCAUACAUUUGAUUAUGCUCGCCACUUUCUUUCCUGCUGCAGUCGAAUUCUUGGCUUAGAAUAUGAAUCCAAAAGGGGUUACAUCAGGCUCAAAUACUUUGGCCGUACAAUAUUCAUUAAAAUCUUGCCUGUAGGGAUUCAUAUGGAUCGACUUCAAUCUGCCUUUAAUCACUCUUCUUUUUCAGUCAAUGUCAGAGAAAUGUCAGAGAAGUUCAAGGAGAAAAAACUUAUUCUUGGAGUAGAUGAUAUGGACAUUUUUAAAGGUAUCAGCCUAAAGCUAUUGGCCAUAGAACAACUCCUUCAGCAAUAUCCUGAAUUGUUGGGAGAAUUAAUACUUGUCCAGAUUGUAAAUCCACCAAGAAGUACUGGUAAGGAUGUAGAGGAAGCAAGGAACGAGAUGCACAUUAUUGCCAACAGGAUAAAUGAAAGGUUUGGUUUGCUAGAUUAUGAACCUGUCAUCAUCAUCAAUCGUCAUGUUCCGUUAUAUGAGAAGGCAUCCUACUAUGCUUUAGCAGAAUGUUGCAUUGUGGAUGCGGUGCGGGAUGGUAUGAAUUUGGUUCCUUACGAGUACAUUGUCUGCAGGCAGGGGAGUCCUACAAUGGAUGAAGCUUUAGACAUUGGUUCUGAAUCACCUCGUACAAGUGCACUUGUUGUCUCUGAGUUUAUAGGUUGCUCACCUUCUCUUAGUGGGGCAAUCAGGGUAAACCCAUGGGACAUUAAUGCUGUAGCCGAUGCACUGAAUUUGGCCAUCACAAUGCCCAGUGGAGAGAAACAGUUGCGGCAUGAGAAGCACUAUCGAUAUGUUAGCUCUCAUGACGUAGCUUACUGGGCCAAAAGUUUUGUGCAAGAUCUUGAGUAUUCAUGCAAGGAUCACUAUAGUAAAAAUCGCUGGGGGAUUGGCUUUGGCCUUAAUUUCAGAGUUUUGUCCCUUUCUCCUACUUUCAGGAAGCUUAACAAAGACCAUGCUGUUUCUGCAUAUGAAAGGACAAAUUGCAGGGCAUUCUUUUUGGAUUAUGAUGGAACAGUUGUGCCUUCCGUUGUUAAAACUCCAAGUUCUGAAAUCAUAGAUGUUCUAAAUAUCCUCUGCAGUGACCCUAAGAACACUGUGUUUAUAGUAAGUGGGAGGGGGGAAACCACGCUGAGUGAAUGGUUUGAUCAGUGUGAGAAUCUUGGUAUAGCUGCUGAGCAUGGUUAUUAUCUAAAAUGGAGUCAACAGUCAGCUUGGGAAAUGAACCAUACAAGUACCAGUUUUUCUUGGAAAGAGAUUGUUGAACCUGUGAUGAGAUUGUAUACUGAGGCAACAGAUGGCUCCUAUAUAGAGACCAAAGAGAGUGCCUUGGUAUGGCACUACUAUGAUGCUGAUCCUGAUUUUGGAUCUUGGCAAGCCAAGCAGCUGUUGGAUCACCUUGAAGGCUUAUUUGCAAACGAACCGGUAACUGUAAAGAAAGGAAAGCAUAUUAUUGAAGUCAAGUCACUGGGGAUUACUAAAGGGUUAGUCGUGGAGGGCAUUCUGUCCAAGAUGACCAAGAAUGGGAAAAUACCUGAUUUUGUACUCUGCAUAGGGGAUGAUAGAUCUGACGAGGACAUGUUUGAGAGCUUGCUGAAUAAAGUUUACAGUGGAACCUCUUCUCCUGCACCAGAAAUCUUUGCAUGCACUGUUGGUCAAAAACCAAGUAAAGCUAGGUACUAUUUAGAGGAUACUGAGGAUGUGAUGAGGUUACUUCAAGCUCUUGGUACCGUUUCAGUGCCUAAAUCAACAUCUCCUGAGGAAGACUCUUUUGGAAAAACAGAAGCCUGUUUCGACGUUUGAAAUGCAAACUUUACCUGUCUAUUUUGAUAGUUUUCUUUCUUUUCCCAUAAACAGUCAAUGCUUCAAAGAAGCAGUUUACAAUCUGGAUUUUCAAGAUUUGAUUAUAGAGGAAACUGCAACAUUAAGUUUUAGACAGUGAACACCAGGGUUUAGACUGUUAAAGAGUUUCUGCUUUUGAUGUUGAUGUGGCAGCAAAUGGAUGUAUAUGCUGUGUCUUUUAGCAAUACCUUUGAUGUUCAAAAAUAUUCUUAGGUUCUGAAUCUGGAGUCCUGGCUGCAUAAGAUGAUAAUACAUUGGUUUGUAUGGCUGAACUGGUUACAAUUUUACAUUGCAGGACCAUUUAGAAUUUAGAAUUUAAAAUCA